UCUUCCCCAAGAAACACUAUCAUCUUCAUAUUAUACAUCUUCGGUUUCUUGUUUCUCUCACCAUUGUCUUUAAAUCAUCUUCUUCUAAAAGAUCUGAGUUUCAUUGAAGAGAAUAAGGAUGAUGAAGUCAAGACGUGACCAAUCAAUUGAAGAUGCAAUCGUCGCAAAUUAUUUGAAGAUGAUGAUCGAUAACGUAAUCGUUUGGCCUCGUCACUUCCUCCGAAGUCAAGACGUGUACUGCAAGAAUCCAUGGACGCUUUUCGUUACUCGAGAUCCUAUGGUCCUACAAGCCGGAGGAUACUUCUUCGUUAACCGGAGUGUGAAUUCAGGUAAAACCGAUGGAUGUGAAUACGGUUGUUGGAGAAUCAUUGGUCGUGAUAAAGUGAUCAAGUCGGUGACGACCGGGAAGAUUCUAGGGUUAAAGAAGGUUUAUAAGUUCUGUAAAACUGAGGAACCGAGAUCGUUUAUUAAGUUCGUGGAAAUGGAGAAGAGAAGAGCAAGAGAUAAAAGAAUCUGGGCGAUGGAGGAGUAUAGGUUUGCAAGUGCGUGGAAACAAGAUUACGUGAUCUGCAAGAUUAGACUUCUUGAUCCACAGCCAUUUGAGUACAUGUUGUCUCACCAUAUUCGAGGUUACUAUAAAUGAAUCAUUUGAUAUGAUGAUCAUGCAUGGAUUUAGAGACUCGAUUUAUGUUUUUGGUUUCUAGUUAUUGAAUCGGUUUUCUGGGAGUUC